AUGGCUGAAAUUAAUGACAUGCCCGACACUAAACGUGUUAAAACAAGCCUUGGUGAUCCAGCUUUGCCUGUAAGAGAUUCCCACCACCAUUCUGAUUCUGCCAGCAUGUCAACAGCUAUAGAACAUUCAACAACCUCUUGUGAUACCCUUGACUACAUAAAUGAUCAAGAUUUAGUUUCCAAACCAGUGACCUACAUUCAACAAACAACCGAAGCAAGUUCUAAUAUAAUUAAUGAGACAGGCCCACAAAGCAAAGAGACAAGCUGUUGUAACCAUUAUAAGUCUAAGUUGCAGAAUAGUCAGCGAUCCAAUUACUACCGUCUUAAGAGGAGAGUAAGUGAACUAAAGGACUGUGUGAAAGAACUACAAAUAGUAAGUAUACUGACUCAUCAUUCACAAUCAGUCGUUAUUUGAAGAAGAACCUCAUAAGGGAAUAACCUCAUAAUCACAUGAUGGGGAAAUACUGUUAUGUACUCAUGCAGCCUGCAGCCAUGUACCAGUAUAUUGGGAUUUCAUAGGCUCUUUUUUCUAAUGUAGUGUCAGAAUGCCAAGAACAGUGUAAUUAAAAAGCUAAUGACUUUGUUUUAUUUUGUAUAGCAAGUACCUCCUACUGAGUAUGAUAGUGAUAGUGAUGUAUGCAGUGAUGAUGAAGAUGAGUCCUGUUGUGAAAGUGAACCAGCCAACACUGGGAAAGAAAGUGAACAUGAACCAUCAUCAGACUAUUAUGUCUGGCCCAGUUGUGGCAAUGAAUCAAGUGAUGAUGAUGGUGACUGGACACCACACAUUGAAUCUGAAGAUAGUGAAACUAAUGACGAAAUGAAUCAAAAUUCAUUUAGUGACAUGAAGUAA